AACCAAAAUGUGCAUUGUACUUGGUCUUUUGGCGUAGCCUGUUGUGUUCUUUGAAGCCAACCAAGUUGCCGUUUUGUUCUCAACAUGGCCCUUGCGCGCGCAUUCUCGUGUGACCGCCCCUGCACUGUUAUUUGAAUGGCCCAGACGCUUUCGCUUUCACGAAUCACCUUGUACAAGAACAACUUGGCAUUCGCAGAGCGACGGGGCUCUUUGGAUCAGGCUGAUGUUGGAUCUGUUGAUUUUCAGUUACGAGUUCCAGAAUCGCGGCGUCAGUUGGUUGUGAACACCCUCUCAGCCUCCGCACCUGGCGGUGCAUCAAUCAUUUUCGGAAAAAACAAUUCGACACAAGGCAACCAAGGCCUGCUCGAUGGAGUGUACCCUUUCGACCAUGCCAGCAUGGGAGCCUUUCUUCAGUCUUGCCGCGGAGCAAGAGUUUCCAUCACAUUGGAUAGCAAGGAAACCAAAGCGGGGUUGUUGCUGAUGGUAGAGCGUGCUCAGCGAGCUGUUGAAGGUUGCCAAGACAAGACAGAGGAGUACUUCACCUAUGUACAGAUUUUUGAAAGCGGUUCCAUUCGGAAGAUCCCAUUUCAGAAGGUGGUCGAAGUUUCUCUUGCUGAUGCUGCUAUGCAAGAACAGCUCAGCAAAUCUUUGAUGACGUCUUUGGAAAAGCAACUUCCCAAACCUUUGCCGCCGCCAAAGGACAAUCGAGAGGUGAUUUCCAUCCGAGCGUCUUCUGAUGCCCAUGGUGUGUGCCAGGUAUCCUACGUGGACAGAUGCGAAGAAUGGAAGUGCAUGUACCGCCUCGACCUUCCAAGAGAAGAUAUGGACUUGGUGUUGGUGAAUACGAUUGACUCUGAUGCCGCAGUCACACUUCAUACCUUCGGGCAUGUUCGCAACAGCACUGAGGACGACUGGGUUGAUGUGGAAUUGCAUUUGGUUGCCAACGAGUUGUCCAUCCUGGCAGUUGGAAGCGAGCCAGUACGACAGGAGCUUGCUAAGAUUGUCAAAGAAGCGAACUCUGGAGCCUGCAUGCAGAUCUUCAUCAAGACCUUGACCGGCAAGACUGUGACCCUGGAUGUGAGUUCUUCAGAUACAGUCGAUGCUGUCAAAUCAAAGAUUCAGGACAAGGAGGGAAUACCCCCUGAUCAACAACGGCUGAUCUUUGCAGGAAAACAAUUGGAGGACGGCCGCACACUGGCUGAUUACAACAUACAGAAAGAAUCUACUCUUCAUUUGGUCCUCCGUUUGCGAGGGCAGGAAGCUUCUUCUCGCAAGCCGAUGCAGGAGGACUUCGAGUCCUUGGAAGGACUUGCAACAAAAGGAUUGGCCGAACAUGUACUUUAUCAAGUUUCUGACAAGGUGUCCAUUCGCUCCAGGGAGACAGCCAUUGUCCCAAUCUUCCAGCAUGCCAUUAAGGGAGACCGAGUGCUCGUCUAUGACCCAAAAGAGUCCGAAGUCUGCGUGAAGAGAGCGGUUCACUUGGUGAAUACCUCCGACCAUGUGCUGGCCAAUGGCAGUGUGAAUGUAUUGGAUGGAGGCCGCUUCGUGGCUCAAUGCCAGUUUGCGCCGAUGAUCCCUGGGGAUGACCAGCUCAUUGCAUUGGGAGAAGAUACAACGUUGUCUGUCAACAGGUCAAAGCCAAGUGACCUCCAAGACGACAAAGUCUUUCAAGUGCGCCUGGAGCAAGAUGAACAUCGAAACCUAUGCAGAUGUGUUCUGGACCACUGCAACAAGCUUACCACCCGGUAUUCCAUUAAGAACAAUGGCGCUAAAGCAGCUCCGUGCCUCUACAUAGAGCACACCGCUCGAACAGAUUGUGGUGGCUUCUCCAUCACAUCGACCACCCACUGUGUCAAACAGACAACAGGCUGGGCACGAUUUUGCCUCUCAAUUGAUCCUGAAGCUGACUUCAGCUUGGAGGUGACAGAAGAGGCAAACUACGAGGAGAACAUCCCCCUCACUGAGGCGAGCAUCUCAAAGUUCCUCUCCCUGCGAGCAAAGCAUCUGAGAGAGGAGAAUGUGCUGGAUGAGCAGUCAAUCCAGAUCCUUCAUCGAAGUCUUGGGCGACUGCGCUUGGCGUCUAUGUUGAAGGCAUUCUUGGAACCCAAAAACAUCUCUGAAGAGCAACUCCUGAAUUGGGAACAGCGAGAGUGUCCAUGGUCCUCCGAUGAAUCUGGAAAUGACCCGGAUGGUUUUGCUUCGGAUGUGCGCGAAAUCUUGGUUCAAAUCCGGGACUUGCAGGUGAAGACCGCUGAAACCAAGGAAAUCCAAAGAAGGCAGAGUGCAGACAACAGCCGCGUCAAGAAAAUCUUCGAAAACCAAACGAGGCUGCGCGAAAACAUCAAGUCCAUGGAGCAUGUUCGUACAGGGUCUUUGCUGGAGAGAUACAUGAAUGAUAUGGACAAGGAGGAGAAUGAUUUGAUCGCCACCCGCAGUCGAAUUGAGGAGUCAGAGGAGCAAGUUGCCAAGAUGACCAACGAUGUAUCCAGGUUGGCCUUGCAAAUUGUUAUGAAGACCAAAAGUCUGCAGAAGAGAGCAAAAUUCUAGCUCCAGCCAAAGGCUCGGCAGGAUCAAGUCAGACUUGUCACCUUUUAUGGAACUUUGUCACUCCGGCUUUGUACAGUAUGCUGGGCGGGCAAAGAAUGCAAA